AUUUUUUAUAUUAUUGUGUUUAAUUUUAAUAGCCGCACGUGUAUUUUGUUUUCGAAAUAGUUUUAAAGAAAUAUGACCGAUUUUGAGAUGCAAGACAGCGAUUCAGAAUACUAUUCUGAAGAUGAAUCUGAAACAGAGUUGCAAGAGGCUUUUGCUCGUGGGGAUUUGAAACCUGGACUCAAUAUUGAAUUUCAAAAGGGAAAAGAUAAAAUAAAUAACAUUCCCAAAAUUUUAGAAAAAACAGAUGAAAUUAAAGCAGAAUUACCAUGGGUAGAACGUAUGGACAUGGUUAACGAUUUAGCACCAUUGGCACCAGAAUUAGCAGUUGCUCUAGAAAAACACGAACAAAAAAGAGCCAAUUUGUUUAAGGGUAACGCAAAAAUACACUAUGUUCGACCUGAAGAAGACCCAGUACUAAAUGAUUUCAAGCGUGAAAUGUUAUUUCAUCGUCAAGCCCAAGCUGCUGUUAUUGAGGGCAUAAGACGUUUACAUGAGAUGGGUAUUAAAACAAAACGUCCCGAUGACUAUUUCGCCGAAAUGGCAAAAUCUGACGAACACAUGCAAAAGGUACGUUCCAAUUUGAUGGCCAAACAGGAGGGUCAAGCUAAAUCCGAACGCAUCCGACAAAUCAGAGAACAACGUAAAAUGGGCAAAAUGCUGGCUAAACAAACAAAGGUGCAGCGUGAAAUGGAAAAGAAGGAUAUGUUGGAUAAAUUGAAGAAGUUCCGUAAGGGAAAAUUGAAGAAUUUAGAUUUCUUAGAAGAUGCCAAAGCACUGGAAGCAAAAACUAAAAAAUCUGCUUCAAAGAGAAAAGACCGCAAUAAGAAAUUUGGUUUCGGUGGCAAAAAGAGUGGAUCCAAACGUAAUACCAAAUCAUCAGCUGCUGGUCUUGAGCGGACAAAAUUACCUAGAAGUAGAGUAGGCUCUAAGGCUGCACCGGGUAAUAAGCGUGUAGGUAAAGCGAGACGGAUGAAAAUGAAAUCUAAGAAAUAAAUUUUUAAAAUAGAUUUAGUAUAAAAUAAACAAUUUCUUUUUAUUCUAAGAAUUAUCACUUAAUUUGAUAUGAAAAACAAUAA